AUGAAUUUUACAAAACCUCCGUUACCGUUCUUUGGAAAUAAGAGUAAAUGUAAAGAUAUUAUAUUGAGAGAACUUAAGAAACUACCGAAUGGUCUAACAUUUGUAGAUUUGUUCGGUGGAAGUUUCUAUAUAUCCCAUUUGUGCCAUAUAAUAUUCCCAGACUCAAAGAUUAUAUGCAAUGACUUCGACAACUAUAUGGACCGUCUCAAACAUAUACCAGACACAAACAAUAUAUUGAAAGAGUUAAAAGAAAAGAUACCUAUAGGUAAGAUGGAACGUAUACCAUUAGAUAAGAAAAAUAUUGUGAGAGAGGUUUUGAAAAA